CCUCGCGCCGGAAGAGAAGAGGUACAUUUCCCAGCCAUCUUGUGGCAGUAUUUAGCGAAUUGUUCGCGCCAAGCCUCGUAGAAUCGGAGGUGAAUUCCGCUGAAGGGGCGCGAUCAUGCCCGGGCAUCUACAAGAAAGCUUCGGCUGCGUCGUAACCAAUCGGUUCGACCAGCUAUUGGACGAUGAAUCAGACCCUUUCGAGGUGUUAAAGGCGGCGGAGAAUAAGAAGAAAGAGGCGGCUGCAGCUGGUAUCACCAAGUCUGCAGCCCAAGCCGCCAAGCAGCCCAAGAAGGAGUCACAGAAGGACAGGAAGAAUCCGCUCCUUGACAAGAAAGAUGAAACACAGGCUGCAGUGCCUCUGAAGAAAGAAGGUAUCAGGCGGGUGGACCGAAGGCCGGACCAGCAGGGCCAACCUGGCUCCCAGCACAAGCCCGGGCAGGGCGAGGGGCGGCCCGCCGGCGAGAGGAGGCCAGACAACAGGAGACCCCCACGUGAGCGCCGUUUCGAUAAACCCAUCGAGGACAAGCCCGACGUCGGAGAGAGAGGAGAGUUCUCUGCAGACAAACCUUUCGUAGACCGGCCCCCCAGAGGGCGUGGCGGCGGCCGAGGUGGGCGUGGUGGACGGGGCCGGGGUGACGGCUUCGACUCCCGUGGCAAACGGGACUUCGACAGACACAGUGGCGGCGGUGACAAACCUCAGAAAUCCGAGGAGAAGCGUGGCGGUGGCGGGAGUGGCUCUCACAACUGGGGGAACCCCAAGGACGAAACAAGAAUUUCUGUUCCCAGUGGUGAUGCUGAACAGACUGCUGCCCCCGAGGGAACCCCUGAGGGAGUGGAACACCCCCCUGCUGACUCUGAGAACAAGGAGAACGAGGUGGAGGAACCAAAGGAGGAGGGCCCCAAGGAGAUGACCCUGGACGAAUGGAAAGCCAUGCAGGACAAGGAACGCGCCAAAGUGGAGUUCAACAUCCGCAAGCCCAACGAGGGCGCCGACAGCAAGUGGAACAAAGGCUACGUUCUGCACAAGUCCAAGAGCGAAGAUGUCAGUGACGAAAAGCUGAAAGACAGACCAGCUGUGAUUGAUGCUCCGGAGAUUGAAGCAGACACAACCCCUCUGUUCAAGGGCAAUCCUGACGAAGUUGGCCCGGACCACCACUUCCGCAAGCCCGCCAAUGACAUCACAGCCCAGCUGGAGAUCAACUUUGGAGACCUGGGCCGGCGCGGGCGGGGGGGAGCCCGUGGAGGAAGGGGAGGCCGCGGUGCGGGAGGAGGCCGAUCUGAAAAGCCGGGUGGAGUGUCCGUUCCCAACGUUGACGACCCAGAGGCCUUCCCAGCCCUGGCUUAAUACUCUAGCACCACUACCAGCCCGCCCCAUCAGCCCCUCCGGGCAUUAGCCCCGCCCCUCCGGGCCCCUCCUCUACGAGGCUUGCAUGCUUACAACUUCUUCAAGUAUACGAGAAAAAAAGACUAAGGAAUGAAAUUUUAACCUGUUUUAAAAGGACAGAGAAAAGACAAAAAAAAGCGGAAAAUGGACAUCUCUUGUUGAAACUGAAGCAAAUUAUUGGUAAAAGUUUUGUAUUUAGAGAUAUGAUAGCAGGGAUGUUUUCAUACAGUAUGUUUCUUUUCUUCAGAUAUUAUGCAUACUUUAUGGAUAUUUUUUUUGUAUUGCUGCUUGAAAAAAUGCAUUUCAGUGUGUGUGUGUGUGUGUGUGUGUGUGUGUGUGUGUGUGUGUGUGUGUGUGUGUGUGUGUGUGUGUGUGUGCGUGUGUGUGUGUGUGUGUUUUAACCCCGAGGCUUUGGCUGGCUUUUCCUCAUGACUUUAUCUGAAUAUUUUGGGGUCAUCUUAGACAAGCUUUUAUUUUGAAAGGGUGACUUUUAAGUCAUGUAUUACUCUUGACGUUAAACUCAAUACAUUUGAGUACCUUUGUACUAAAUAUUUUACUGUGUUUUAAAAAUGUACCUGUAUUCCAGUGACCCCUUGAGCUUAAUAUUCUUCUGCUUGUCAUGCAGUGAAAGUGAAUUUCCUUUAUUUUCCUGUUGCUCUUAUUUUUCUCGACCAGUGGUUCAUGUGCUUUGUCCCUGGUCCUUAACUGCCUGUGUCUUCAGGGUAGCCAGGGUCCAAAUUCUAGGCUGGUCCUUGAAGGUCGUACAGGCUUUAUUACGAGCAACCAUAGGACCACUAUACGAAUAUAUUGUAUUUUUUUGCGUGACCAAAUCUUUGUGUGUGUGCGUGCAAUGCGAAAUUGAUUGGGUUCAUUGUGAACGUGAACAAUAGUUACUUAUAGGACUUAAAGAAUUCCCCUGUCAUGAACUUGCCAUCUUCCGGGGCACUUGACCACAAGUUCAAAAGCAGCUCUCUUUUGCCUGAAGUAGUUGUUAUUUCUGAGAACAUAGUUGUUUCAUACUAGGGAAGAUGGCCGACUGUGCACAUAGUUGUUUCAUACCAGGGAAGAUGGUCGACUGAGAACAUAGUUGUUUCAUACCAGGGAAGAUGGCCGACUGAGAACAUAGUUGUUUCAUACCAGGGAAGAUGGUCGACUGAGAACAUAGUUGUUUCAUACCAGGGAAGAUGGUCGACUGAGAACAUAGUUGUUUCAUACCAGGGAAGAUGGCCGACUGAGAACAUAGUUGUUUCAUACCAGGGAAGAUGGCCGACUGAGAACAUAGUUGUUUCAUACCAGGGAAGAUGGUCGACUGAGAACAUAGUUGUUUCAUACCAGGGAAGAUGGUCGACUGAGAACAUAGUUGUUUCAUACCAGGGAAGAUGGUCGACUGAGAACAUAGUUGUUUCAUACCAGGGAAGAUGGUCGACUGAGAACAUAGUUGUUUCAUACCAGGGAAGAUGGUCGACUGAGAACAUAGUUGUUUCAUACUAGGGAAGAUGGUCGACUGAGAACAUAGUUGUUUCAUACCAGGGAAGAUGGCCGACUGAGAACAUAGUUGUUUCAUACCAGGGAAGAUGGCCGACUGAGAACAUAGUUGUUUCAUACCAGGGAAGAUGGCCGACUGAGAACAUAGUUGUUUCAUACCAGGGAAGAUGGCCGACUGAGAACAUAGUUGUUUCAUACCAGGGAAGAUGGCCGACUGAGAACAUAGUUGUUUCAUACCAGGGAAGAUGGCCGACUGAGAACAUAGUUGUUUCAUACCAGGGAAGAUGGCCGACUGAGAACAUAGUUGUUUCAUACCAGGGAAGAUGGCCGACUGAGAACAUAGUUGUUUCAUACCAGGGAAGAUGGCCGACUGAGAACAUAGUUGUUUCAUACCAGGGAAGAUGGCCGACUGAGAACAUAGUUGUUUCAUACCAGGGAAGAUGGUCGACUGAGAACAUAGUUGUUUCCAUCAGCACCAGUACUCUGAAACUUGUUUAUUUGUAUUUUUUUCCCUCGUGAUCAUCUUUGCUGUUACUGUUCUAUUAUUGUUGUUGUUGUUAUUAUUAUUAUUAUUAUUAUUAUUACAGCAGCACUACUGCAUAAUUUGUCUGAAAGAAAUGGUCCGUUCAAUGUGGAGCAAUCGAGUGCUACAGAAUGUAUGACUGCUAACCUUGCGUAUAGUCAUCUGUGUCUAGCAUUUCCAGUAGAGGAUUUAUUUGACCAAAGUGGGUAUACUUCACACCACAGGAUGGGGACAACGGCCCCUAAUAACUGCUGGAGCGGAACUAAUGGAAUGGCAUAAAACACAUGGAAACCAUCCGUUCGAUGUAUUUAAUUCCACUGAUUCCGCUCCAGUCAUUACCAUGAGCCCGUUCUCCUCAAGCUGUCACCAACCUCCUGUGCUUCACACAUUUGGGUUGGGGAAGAGGUACAUUUAAGGCAAAUAUUGUAAGUGACUGAAAGCUUUAUAUUGCAGUGCUCUGGAAAGACUUGCUGGUAAUGCACUGACACAGGUGACUGGCGCAAGCCUUUUGUAGGGCUGUUUGAGCCACUUGACGGUAGACUUCUCUGCAAACAUCCCUGUUCUAAUAAAUGACUUAAGAGGUGUUAAAUGUA